CUCUAAGCUGGUUAGCGAUGUCGAAGAACGAUUCCCAGAUCAAAGCUCUGUCGAACUUGAAGUCGUCUGAGCGUAGGAGGUUGCUGUCCUCGAUCAUCGAGACAUAUAAGCUGCCGACAAACCUCACAAAGAGCACCCAGGAGUUGUUCUUGCCGAGCACAAUCAAGUACACGGAGUUCAAAUCACCAAAGGAGCACGUGGAUGUGCUGUACAUGGAUAACGACCAGAUUCCAGUGUGGUUCUCAUCAAGGGCCGGGAAGUUAGUGCCAACAGUGUAUACCUUGUGGAGGGCGCCAUUCCUGCUGGAGAAAGUGUACACUAACCCUCAUGUUAUAGAGGUCCUGAUAGGUGGCGCCAAUUUGAUGCUUCCGGGAUGUGCACCAUCUUUUGGUACGAUUCAGAAGGGUGAUGUUGUUGGGAUUUGCGAUACUGCUCAUCCAAAUAGGGUCAUGGCCAUUGGAUACGCAGCACUUGACCUUAAGGACAUAACAAAGACUGUAGGCACUACCGGGAUUGCCGUGAAUGUGAUUCAUAGAGUCGAUGACGUUAUAUGCCAUGUUGCUAAGAAGAAAGUUGAGGUCCCCGAACAAGUUGAGGAGGUGACUAUGGUGUUGAAAGAGGAGGAGGAGGAGGAGGAGGAGAAGGGGGAGGAAGAGACCGAUGUGCAGGCAAAAGAAGAGGACUCUAAUCAGAGUACACAUGGAGAUGAUAGAUCUGAAGACGUAACUACAGACCAAGUUGAAAAGUUGACUAAAGAGCUCAACGACUUGACAACAGAUGAUGUUGAUUAUCUUCUCAAGAGAGCACUCUACCAGACCUUGACUCAAACCCCAGUCACACCACCGUUGUCAUCUUCACAGUUCAUGGACCAACUGGUUCAAAACUUGGCUACAGAUCAUUCAGAUGUCAACAUCAAGAAGUCGUCGUGGAAGAAGGCAGCGAAAUUCCUGAAGGCAAUGGAGAAAGAUGGAUUUCUCAAAUUGAAGGGCAAAGGCGAUGACUUGACAGUUGUUGAAGUUGCAAAGUCUUCAAACAAUGAUACUCUCAAAGGUUUCGUUCCUUACAAAGUGAAGAAACCAGCAAAGAAAUCCCCUUCUGAAUCCUCAUCAAAUGGAAAAGCAGCCGGUUCUCUCAUCUUGGAGCAUUAUUACAAACCAACUUCUGUCCUUAGACCGUUGUAUAACUCUCUGGACCUAGAGCUCGAUGCUUAUUACACUACAAAGGAAUUGAGAAAGCACUUGGAUCAGUACAUUGACAAGGAGCAACUCGUGAACCCGGCAGAUAAGUCCACUAUCAUAGUCAACGACUUCUUGAGCAAAAUUAUACCAGGGAACAAGAAUCUCGUUAAACGUAGCCAGCUAUUGGCACCUUUUGAGAAGCAAUUCUCACCAUUCUAUACAAUUUCUAAACCAGGUCAAAGCAAUGGAUCGUUAAAGAAACUCCGUGGUACCCCACCGAAGGUUCAUAUUGUUAUUGAAACGAAGAUUGGACGGAAAACCAUCACAAGGGUUUUCAAUUUUGAGACCUAUGGCGUCGACGCUGAAGUGUUGAGUGCUGAGCUCAAGCUGAAAUGCUCUGGCUCUGCGACAAUCAGACCAAACGUCCAGAGUCCAAAGAUUAUUGAAGUUGUUGUGCAAGGUUCUCAUUCCCAAAAGGCUGUUGAGUUGUUGACGACGAAGUUUGGGCUGAACCCAAAUUGGAUCGACAGCGAGGAUAAGUCCAAGAAGUCCAAGAAGAAGAAGUGAGUAUGCUCCACGAUACUUGUAGUGCCUUGUCGAGCUUAUAGUCGUUGACGAGUUGCUCAAUUGUACGUUUGUCUUCCAAACUGUCCAAUCUGUUGUAGUUUUGUCGUACCUGAUCAAUAACCAUUC